UUUUACGUGACACCUAACACACUCUCUCUCUCGCAAAAAUCUCUCUCUCUCUCUCUCUCUCUCUCUCUCUCUCUGUAUUUCUUUUUAGCCCAACACAACCCCAAUUACCUCCACCAUUGUCUACCACCCUCCCCCCACUUUCUCUCUCUACAAAACACACAAUCUCUAGCUAAAUCCAUUGAUACAGAGCGCUCUCUCUCUCUCUCUCUCUCUUCAGAAUCUGAAGUGACAACAUAGAGUAAACAAUUCCAAAGUCUUACUUAUACAUAAACACACACAUACAUAAUAUUCAUUCCUGUUGUUUAGUUUCCUUGCAGAAGCUGCAUUGUCACUUAUUACUGAUUGCCAUAAUUUUACAUAGUUUUCCUGGAAGUAUAUAAGAGGAGUGGGAGCGAGGAUUCGAACCAGUGACCUUGUCGAAAGUAGUUGCUUCUAGGCCAUCUCAAAAUCCUCCAUUUUGCCCUUUAAAUUAUUGUGAAAUGGACAAAAGAAGCUGGCCUUGGAAGAAAAAAUCAUCGGACAAGGGAAAUGCUGAUAAAUUGAUUUCCACUUCGGAAUCUGCUGGUGCUCCGACGGCUUCGCCAGGAACUCAGGGUGAUCAACCACAGGGCAAGCAGGAUAAAAAGCCAAAGUAUGUCCAAAUUUCUGUGGAAUCAUAUACUCAUCUAACUGGAUUGGAGGAUCAAGUGAAAUUGUAUGAGGAUGAAUUGAAGACAUAUGCAGACCAACUAUCUUCAUACAAGGAUCAGGUUCAGGAUUUAGAAAAUGUUGUUACUGAAUUGAAUGACAAACUGUCUGAAGCGGAUUCGGAGAUUGUAACGAAGGAAAACCUAGUAAAACAGCAUUCUAAAGUUGCUGAAGAUGCUGUUUCAGGAUGGGAAAAAGCUGAAGCAGAAGCUCUGGCACUGAAAGAUCAGCUAGAGUCUGUUACAUUGUUAAAGCUUACGGCUGAAGACCGGGCAUCACAUCUAGAUGGUGCUUUGAAGGAGUGUAUGAGGCAGAUUAGAAACUUAAAAGAAGAACAUGAGCAGAAACUGCAUGAAGUUGUUUCAAACAAAACUAAGCAAUGUGACAUGAUAAAGGCUCAACUUGAAACUCAGAUUAGUAACUUAGAACAAGAGCUUUUCAGAUCUGCUUCUGACAAUGCAGCAAUUUCCAGAUCCCUCCAAGAACGAUCUAGCAUGCUGAUAAAGAUCAGUGAAGAAAAAUCGCAAGCGGAGGCAGAUAUUGAACAACUGAAGAGCAAUGUCGAUUCAUGUGAAAGGGAAAUAAAUUCUCUAAAAUAUGAGCUCCAUAUAGUUGCCAAAGAAUUAGAGAUCAGGAAUGAGGAAAAGAACAUGAGUGUGAGAUCUGCAGAAGUUGCGAACAAGCAGCACUUGGAAGGGGCUAAAAAAAUAGCUAAGUUAGAGGCGGAAUGCCAACGAUUGCGUGGUCUUGUUCGGAAGAAAUUGCCUGGUCCAGCCGCAAUGGCUCAGAUGAAGUUAGAAGUUGAAAACUUGGGUAGGGACUAUGGAGAAACUAGGGCAAGGCGGUCUCCCGUAAAGCCUCCCAUUAGUCCACACAUGUCUCAAUUGUCUGAAUUUUCACAUGACAGUGCACAGAAACAGUAUAAAGACAGUGAGUUACUCACAGAACAGUUGUUGGAGAUGGAAGAAGAGACAAAAAUGUUGAAGGAAGCUUUAGCAAAACGUAACAGUGAACUGCAAGCUUCUAGGAGUGUUUGUGCCAAAACAAUGAGCAAGCUUCAAAGUUUAGAAGCACAAUUGCAAACAAAUAACCAGCACAAAAUUAUAACAAAAUCAAGUCCCCAGAUCCGAGCUGAGGGUUCUUUAGGCCAAAAUUCAAGCAGUCCACCAAGUUUGACCUCGUUGUCAGAAGAUGGAAAUGAUGACCAAAUAAGUUGUGCAGGGUCUUGGACAACAGGAUUAAUUUCUGAGCACUCUGUAAAGAAGGAAAAGAACACUGACAGUCCAGUUAAGGCUGGGAAGGCAAACCAACUAGAACUUAUGGAUGACUUUCUAGAAAUGGAAAAGUUGGCAUGUUCCACCAAUGAGUCAAAUGGAGCAGAUUCUAAUAUGUGUAUAACACAUAGUACACAAUCUGAAGUUCCGGUCCAUGAUUUAGGGGUAGCCAUAACCUCCACAGAUUCAGAUCUACAGGAAAAGAAACAAUUCGAGUCAUCGGAAACACUGGAGAUUUCAGAGAAAGAAGAUCAACUGCCUUACAAGGAGCUCCAAUCAAGGAUUUCAAUGGUAUUCAGGUCUUUGUCCCAAGAGACUGAUCUUGAAAGAGUUCUGGAGGAGAUCACGAAUGUGGUGCAGAGUCUGCAUAAUGAUUUGCAUCAUAACUCUGUGAAACCUUACAUUGAUGAACCUCAUUGUUCUAGUGCUGCUGAUGAUCAAGGAGCUUGUCCAGAAAAUGCUGAGGUAUCUACUGACAUGGAAGUCUCAGUUGCCCAGGAUAGCAAGCAUGAACUUAAAGAAGAUGUAAGAAUUGCUGUAACUGAUAUUCACGAGUUUGUGAUGCUACUUGGCAAAGAGGCAAAGGUUAUCCAGGACUCACCGCCCGACGAGGAUGGACUGAGUAGGAAAUUGGAGGAAUUAUCUUUUGCCUUUAAUGAUGUCCUGAACAGUGAAGUAAGUGUAAUUGAUUAUGUUCUUUGCCUUUCUGAAGUUUUCAGGAAAGCUAACAAACUGCGAUUCAGUGUCCUGGGUUAUAAUGACAUAGAUACUGAAAAUAGUAGCUCUGAUUGCAUUGACAAAAUCGCUUUACCUGAGAAUAAAACCAUUCAGAAGUCUGGAGAGAAAUAUGAUAAUAGCUGUGCUCACUUUUCGGAUUCAAUUGAUUCAACUUCUAAUCCUGACAUCCCUCAUGAAGGAACAUUUGUCCCGACCUCUGAAUGUAAAUCUUUGUCAUGGAACUGCUCGUCGGAGGAGUUUGAGCAAUUAAAGUUGGAAAAAGAUCACUUGGUGGUUGAUCUCGCAAGAUGUACUGAAAUUCUAGAAAAUACCAAGUCCCAGUUAGUAGAAACAGAACAACUUCUUGCUGAAGCUAAAUCACAGCUGGUUUCUGCUCAAAAAAUGAAUAGCUUGGCUGAGACACAGUUGAAAUGUAUGGUAGAGUCAUACAAGUCACUUGAAAGUCGUGCACAAGAGUCACAAGUUGAACUGAAUCUUCUACGAGGUAAUGUAGAAAGUUUGCAAAACGAGCUUCAAGAGGAGAGGAGUCGUCACCAGGAUGCACUUAUGAGAUGCAAGUCUCUGCAAGAGGAAUUGCUAAGGAUUGAGAAUGAUUCAGGGGUUGAUGCUGAUGUUAAGAGUAAACAGGAGAUAGAGUUAGCAGCUGCAACAGAGAAGCUAGCAGAGUGUCAGGAAACGAUAUUUCUUCUGGGGAAGCAAUUGAGAUUGAUGCGUCCACAGCCGGAGUAUCCAGGGUCACCAUCUACGGAUAGGAGUCAGAAGAAGGUUGAAAGCUUUACCGAAGUCGAAACAACCACUAGUACCAUGAACUUGCACAGUGUGGAUAUGUCUGAGAAAGAUACUGCAAUUUCUACUGAUAGUCAGCACGCAGGUGGUGAGUCCCCUAUGAACUUGUACGACACCCUUUUCAGCACCUCCGACUCUGAAGUGAACAAUUUGCUGCGAUCACCAAUUGAUUCCAAGCAUCCAAAUAACCGGUUCACAAAGUCAGGCUCAACUUCGUCUUCUACAGCAACACCAGAAAAGAAUUCUCGGGGAUUUAGCAGAUUCUUUUCAUCAAAAUCUAAAAAUGACCAUUAGGUUGGGUUUCUCAGUGCCGUGACUUUCAAGGCUAUAAAUAGUUACUAAAGAGGUGAAGCAAAGAUCUGCAAAUAAUACUUGUGCUGAUGUUCUUAAAUAUCGUUGUUAUGUCUGCGAGGAUGAAAAAGUUUUGGUUGAGACCUUACAUUGCUGUCUUCAACCGGAACAUCAUCCACAGGUAGUGUGAAAGUCUUUUGCUGUUUCAAUCAACCAAACACUUGUUUUCGUUUGAACAUAGGUCAAAUUUGAAGAUGACUGUAUAGAUUUCCAUUAUCAAGCAUGUUUUGUGUUAUUCGUAUUUACACAUUACUGUUGUACUUGUGUUCACCGUUUCAAUAGUGGUAAGUUUUUUUUGUUUUUUUUGUGAUACAAGAACAAAUGAUCUAACAGAACCAGUUCAAAUGAGCAAAUUGUGCAGUUGUAUUUUGGAGCUCAUA